AUGGAUUUUGAUCUCCUAUAUGACAGGCCGGGAGGCGAGCCGUAUCUGACUAUACCCGGACACCCUAACAUUAUCAUCACUCCCCCAAGGGUCGAGGAUGCCAGCGAUCUCGCGGGUAUCCUCAACAUUUUCGAGGUAGCGAUAUGGCUGCAAGGCCCUCCAUACCCAUACCCGGUGGAUAUGGCAAGGCAAUACCUGGAGACGGUCAGCAUACCCAACUCUUUGCAAAUCAUAAAGGAAAUAGAAGCGCACAAGAAUAGCGCAAACGGGAACGGAAUUGGAAACGGAAACGGGACGACGAAUCUCUUCCUGAGCGGCUGUCCAGUGAAUUCCAUCCGUGAGAUAGACCCGGAGACUGGCAAGGAGUCCCUUAUAGGCUGUAUAGGUAUACGGCGGGACGAAUUCUACGAAAUUGAGGACGAUGCAGUGAGAGAAACAAGAUUCAAGGCCAACGUGGCAAUGACGGUUGGUGAUGCAAGUAUCGUGUGGGCGAUGGGAAAUUUCCUCAGCCCGUCUCACCAAGGACGCGGGAUCACGACAAUCGCAGCUAAGACUGUAAUCGAUUGGGGGAAGAAGCAUAUGAACAUAAAAGAAGUCCGAGCCUCGAUGUUUGAUGGAAACAUUGCCAGCCGUAGGGUGUAUGAGAAGAUCGGUUUCAAGUAUAUAACGACCAGGAAAGACGCCUUGACGAGAGUCGACGCCAAAGGGGGUGGGAAAAUAACGCUUCAUUUUCUUAGCAUGAAAGAACAGUGA